AUGGCAUCAGAUAAAGCGAAAAUAGCGAAAGAUCAGGGCAAUGCAGCCUUCAAGUCGGGUGAUUACCCAGCCGCGAUCGGUCAUUAUACAUCCGCAAUUCUUGAGAAUACUGAUGAUUCGACAUUUCCUCUCAACCGCGCAGCAGCGUACUUAAAGCUAGGCAAGAACGAGGAUGCAGAACGAGAUUGUGCGACCGUUUUGAAGUUGAGCCCCAACAAUGUAAAAGCUCUAUUUCGGAGAGGUCAGGCUCGGAUGGGUCUCGGUUGUUUGGAUAAAGCCCGUGCAGGGGAGGCAUCCGAAUUAGAGCCCUCCAAUCAAUCGGUGAAGCAGGAGCUUAUAGAAGUCGAUAAACUAAUUCACCAGCAGAAGUGUGACACUACAAACACCUUUCGUCCAAUAACUAUACCGUCAGGGGUUGCCCCGGCGAUAAAACGGAGGCGCGUUCCGAUAGAGGUAGUUGAGGAUUUGUCUAGAACGUCGCAUCAUUAUGGCGCAGAGCUAGCAGUAGAAGACGCUGAAAGGCAGCCUAAAGGCCUCGAAGACAAUGGGUUGCUGCAGCCAAUUUCCUCCCGGGCGUUACCUCGGAGUAACGAACCCAGUUCGUCAAGUGUCAAACCAGAUCAGAGCACUAGCCCGCCUCCACCGAGGCAAACUACUUCAGCAAGGACAGAAAGUUUCAAAGACACGAAGCAGUUACGGAACACUACAAAGCCGUCACGCAUUGGUGGGGGGAUAUUCCGACCGUCUGGCAACCAUACACUGUUUGCUAGGAACGAUGGAAAAUCUGGCGCAGCCCCAGUGACAACCUCGCUUCAAGCCAUGGUCGACAGCACUGUCCCACAAGCUCCUAUGACUCUCUUUAACUUCACAAAGAUGUGGGAGUCGCACAUGAAAGACGAAGAUCGUUGGAACAUCGUCUCUGGAAUAUCACCAUCGUCCCUUCCUAAUAUGUUCCAGGCGUCGCUGGAGCCAGUUUUACUCUCAUCAAUACUUCAGCAUUUUCAACGAGUUAUAGAUCUACAAAUCGCGGCUCCUGAUGAUGUACGUGAAUAUUUGGUAUCGUUAUCAAAAGUCCAGCGGUUUGGCACGAUUAUGCUAUUCAUGGACAAGAACGAGAAAAUGCUUCUAAAGAGGCUUUGGGAGACAUGUGGAAAGCUCUGA